AUGAUUUUCCUGCUUUUCCUCAUAUUCCCCUACUACAGUACCCCACAGACUACUGUUGAAUACGUGGCGGCAAGCCCAAAUCCACCUCAUGGAUGUCCGAACUUUGGACUUUGCACAGAUGUUACUACUACAUUAGUUAGCUCUACUAAUGUCUCUACAACCUAUGAGUACGGUUGUGCUCCUGAAAAUUGCUACUGUGUGGAUGGGACUACUAAUGGCACGGAGCCAUGUGACACUAUUGUGGACCAGUGCGGAGACGACCCCUGUGGCGAGCCGGAAUAUUUCCUCUGCACCUCAAAAAUUGAGAGCCAUACCUGCGCCUGUCAAGCUGGUUACACCGGAGCCGAUUGUACAUCAGAACUUGGCACGGCUUGUGCCACAUCACCAUGCCGCUCCGGAGCCACAUGUGUCUCGUCAAACUCGUCUGCAACAACAGAGUACUCGUGUAUUUGCACCGAUCAACAGUUUGGGACACAUUGUGAAUACGACAACCUCUGCGCUAGCAAUCCCUGCCAAAAUAGUGGAAAUUGCACUAUGGUCCUGGAAAAUUCCAAUUACUUGUGCACCUGCUCUCCAGACUGGCAAGGCAGGCGAUGUGAGGUGGCUGACGCGGUUUCUACUCCUCCUGUGCAAGACGGAUGUUACCUGUACGAUACGGGGUCUAUUGGAGCUUGUACCACAAAAUUCACAGAAAAUUCGCUAACUUCAAGCAAAUGUAAUAAUUAUGCACUGGAGCAGAGCACAGACACGGUUACGAUGAACUAUUUGACUCUUUGUGGAGCAUGGUGCAUGGUUUCUGAAGCACCACUGUGCAACACGUCAUGGUAUAUGGACGGUGAUUGCAAAAAGUCGUGCGGUGGAGAUAGCGCAGAAUACUGCGGAAGGUUGAACUCGAGAUGCAUAGUUUACGAGGCAGGGACUUCUGAAACCGACGCCAACGCCUGCACCGACAACUCAACGCUCUGUAACGCCAACCUCGGCCAGGGAAUCUGCAUCAACUUGAGCAGUGACGUCACAAAUGGCUAUCAAUGCAUUUGUGGGCCGCUAUGGACAGACACAGACUGCGAGACUCCAGUAGCCUCUGCGUGUACCCCAAGUCCGUGCUGGAAUGGGAUUUGUGUGCUCAAUGAGCAGUAUAAUACGUAUACCUGCGCAUGUGAUGAUGGAUAUUUCGGGGAUCUAUGUCAAUACCCCGACGUUUGCACCUCUUCCACAUGUCUCUACGGCGGUACUUGCACCGAGACCAGCAGUGGAGGGUACACAUGCUCCUGCUUGAGCCAGUACUUUGGCACCAACUGUGAAGAGAUCAAUCGUUGCAACUAUGCGGAUCCAUGUGUGAAUGGUGACUGCCAGACUACGGUAGAUGGGAUCACUACAAACUACACAUGUACCUGCGAUAGUGGAUGGACCGGGGAGAAUUGUGAUACAAUGAUCGACUACUGCAUCCCAAAUCCCUGCUCUUACAACAGUACCUGCUCUCCGUACUUCAAAGGAUUCAACUGCACCUGUAUUACAGGCCUAACCGGCGCCAAUUGCUCUACAAUAAUCGAUCUAUGCGUCCCGUAUAAGGAUUCCACUGGGAAAUGGAUCAAAUCUCCGUGUAACUCAAAGGAUGACUUGGCGAACUGCACUAUAGAGAUAAAUGGGUUCAAUUGUAGCUGUAGUGAUAAGUGGACGGAUACCUUAUGUGAUUUGAAUGUUCUCAUCAAAGACGUCCUGCUUACAAUCUACGGCCACGUGGAUCUUACCAUGAUUACUCUUCUGAACGAUCUCAUGCAGAACCCGUCACAAAUCAAGGAUAUGGUGCCAUUCAUCACAGGAUUGCUGUCGGACAGUGAACGAUCCGAUCUAAGCUGGGAUGUUGGGGAUCUUUUCAAUUGGAUAGCUUUUGAAGAUCAGAGAUUAGAUCUGGAAAAUGACAUUUACAAGUGGAAUGAUGUAGUACUGGGGAACUGCUUCACCUUCAACCACCAGGAUCAGAACUUCACCUACCUAAUGAGAAGGCCCGGUAGGCAUGGAGGAAUACAAGCAUUCAUGAAAACCCGACAAGACGAGUAUGCACCAUGGUACGACACCGCAGGAAUGCUGGUUUUCAUUCAUAACCGCGAGGAUUACGUGUUCUCCGAGUCUGUUAGGUACAAUGCACAGCCAAAUGCCCAGUCGACUAUAAAUAUUUUUAUGACAAGAUAUACCAGGCUCGGGGGAAGAUAUGGAAAGUGUGUGAAGAAACCGUCGGAAGUCAAGAACUACUACUAUCCGGGAGCUUAUACCACUGAUGGCUGCCUCCGCACGUGCUACCAGGACCGUAUGCAACAGGAGUGCCAGUGCAUGGACCCCCGCUACCCCAAAGCCCCCAACGCUACGUCAUGCCAGUUAUCCGAACGAAGUUGUGUCACCGAAGCAUCCGACGCCGCAGGGGACCCAUCCACCUGGUCAUCUUGUGUAUGCCCGCUGCCAUGCUCCAAUCAGGAGUACUCGGUGACUUGGAGCAAGGCGAAUUUUGUGAAUAUGCCUAUAACCUGCGAGAAGUCUUCUGACGUGGCAACCUGCCAAGCCAACUAUGUGGACCAGCUUAUGGUAUCCAUUGUUCUGCCUAAGCUGGAUUUUCAGAUCUACGCGGAGACCCCUGCUAUGGAUUUCAACAAGUUCCUGUCCCAACUCGGAGGUCAGCUGGGUGUACUAAUGGGAAUUAACCUGGUCACGUUUAUUGAAGUUGUGUUCUUGAUGUUCGGAGUUUUGACAAUAUGUUGUAGAAAGUGA